AUGGGUUCUCCCAUCCUCUUCCUCGCUCUUUUCAUAACCUCAGUGGUUGGUAAGCUCAUUGACGAUCUUCCCAGCAAGAACUGCAUCGAGAUUACCUAUGGUGGAUUUUUGAAGAAGUUGUAUGUUCGCCACGAAGUCACUUUCUUGAACGAGCAUUUCAUGAAGCAUAAGCGCGGGUUGGAGAAAGUACCAAUGCACUACAACCCUUGCUACGAUGCCCCUCAGCCCUACGUUAUGAAUCGUGACUUCAGCGGGUUCUACUUCACCAAGGAGCAAUUCGCCGCCACGAGGCAUAACGAGACCACCGACGAGCUCAACAUGAUCAUCAAUAACGUGCCCCGCAUGCUUGCGAGAUGCAAAGGCCCGUGGGAUACGAACAUGCGCAAGGUGCAGGCGGAUGACGUGGACGCUGAGACGCUCACCGAUAUGUCUGAUUAG